GAGAGAGAGAGAGAGAGAUGAGAGAGAUGAAAUUCGGUAAGAGCUUGAGUAAUCAGAUCGAGGAGACUCUGCCCGAAUGGAGAGAUAAGUUUCUUUCUUAUAAAGACUUGAAGAAGAAGCUUAAGCUUAUUGACCCCAAAACAGAGGAGAGACGUUGUAAGCGUCCGAGGUUGGUUGCAGAGGAUGGUGUUGAAACUGGAGAUUUGGAUAGGAUUGCGAUGACCAGAGAAGAGAAGGAAUUUAUUCGAUUGUUAGAAGAUGAGCUCGAAAAGUUCAAUGCCUUCUUCGUCGAGAAGGAAGAAGAAUACAUCAUCAGAUUAAAGGAGUUACAGGAUAGAGUGGCAAAAGCAAGAGAUUCUGACGAAGAGAUGAUUAAAGUGCGGAGGGAAAUUGUGGAUUUCCACGGAGAGAUGGUUCUGUUGGAGAAUUACAGCGCUCUUAACUACACAGGUUUGGUGAAGAUACUGAAGAAGUAUGACAAGCGAACUGGUGCUCUCAUUCGGUUGCCCUUCAUCCAGAGAGUAUUGCAGCAACCAUUCUUCACUACAGACGUGAUCUACAAGCUUGUAAAAGAGUGUGAGACUAUGCUUGAUAGCCUCUUCCCUAAGAAAGAACCAUUUGUACCUGAAGGAGAUGGGAAUGAAGGGUGUGAUACUAAGCCUGUGACCACGAAGGAUGGGCUGCUGAUCAGGCCCAAGGAGCUCGCAGAAAUAGAGUACAUGGAGAGCUUGUAUAUGAAGAGCAGCAUCUCUGCACUUCGGGUCCUAGAGCAGAUCAGAAGCAAAAGUUCAACUGUAAGCGUAUUUUCUUUGCCACCACUUCAGGAUAAUGGUCUGGAAGAGCCCUGGAAUAAAGUCCCUGUUUUGGAACAAGUAGCAAAGUAGAUGCGGUUUGUUAGAUAUUGCUCAGUGUGGGGGACAUAGGAGUCAUGGAUUGAAUGAGCCAGAGGUCCCUCAGACUGGAUAGCUUUGGAUUUUCUUUCUUCCUUUCUGAUACGUUUUACACUUUAAUUUACAUGUAAUAGAUAGUAGAUACUAACUAACACAGUUGUAAUUUGUAUAAUGCACAAUUACCAGCUCGACUGAACUCUCAAUCUCAAUACUAAAAAGGUGGUGAGAGUUGCAAUU